UUUCUCUCUCUUUCUUCGGCUCGACGUCUUUUGGUGGUAAAAAAGACGGGGAAACGACGCGCGAGAUUUCAUGGGAGUUUCAGGACAACCUCUGCGUCCAACCAGGCGAAGAUAACUUCUCUUCCUUCUGGUUUUAUUAAAUCUGCCUUGGUUUGGGGUUUCGCUUGGAGAUAUUUUCUGGUUUUGAUUUGAUUAGGAGAAGCUUGCGUGUCGGAAGAUGUCACACUCACAUAGCGAUACCAUACCACUCCACCCUUCUUCCCAGUCUGAUAUUGAUGAGAUCGAGAACCUUAUUCAUGCAAGUGUCCAGUCUGGGCCUGCUACAGUGCUCCCUGCGAGACCGCCGAGUCCUCCAAGGGCCUCCAUUCCUGUUUCUUCAUCUCCGUUUAUAGCAUCCAAUCUUCCUCCUCCUCCACAACAGAAGUCUUCUAUUGCUCCUGUUCCUCCUGCCUUGCCUCCUCCCAGUUCUCAGUCUAAUCCUCGCCAAAAUAUCUCUCCAAGUGGGUUUGGUUCGCCCCCCAACACCUUGACAGAGCCUGUGUGGGAUACUGUGAAGAGAGAUUUGUCUCGGAUUGUUAGCAAUUUGAAGCUCGUGGUGUUCCCUAAUCCAUUUCGUGAAGAUCCUGGGAAAGCUUUGCGGGAUUGGGAUCUUUGGGGUCCGUUUUUCUUCAUCGUCUUCCUAGGUCUUGUUUUAUCUUGGUCAGCAUCCGUGAAGAAGUCUGAGGUUUUUGCAGUUGCUUUUGCACUCCUAGCUGCUGGCGCUAUAAUUCUGACAUUGAAUGUUCUACUCCUGGGUGGGCAUAUAAUCUUUUUCCAGAGUCUAAGCCUUCUUGGUUACUGCCUGUUCCCUCUUGAUGUUGGAGCCCUGAUCUGCAUGUUGAAGGACAAUGUGAUUUUAAAGCUGGUUGUGGUUUCGAUAACAUUGGCAUGGAGUUCCUGGGCAGCAUAUCCAUUUAUGAGUUCUGCCGUCAACCCAAGAAGAAAGGCCCUGGCACUUUAUCCGGUCUUCCUUAUGUAUAUAUCUGUUGGUUUUCUGAUAAUUGCCAUUGACUGAGGCAUUAAGGUGGGCACUGAUCAUAUCAACCGUUGAAGUUCACAUGCAAGUAUUGGCAUUUGACAUGCUGGUUUUUGGCAUCCCAUGUGUGAUUUCUUGAUUUUGGUUCCCAUUUUUCACUUGCUUAAAGUUGGGAGACUUUAAAUUGUCAUCUUACAUAGUUGUAUAAGUCUGGCAUUUUUCAUAGUUGUAUUCUAUUGGUUUGCAACAA